ACCUUUUCUUGAUGAUCUUUAUAAGCAGAAAGGCCUAAUGAACACCAAUUUAUGUUCCGUUUUCUCAAACACUGCCUUCAACGUUAAUAAAAAUAGUAAGAGGUUAGAAACUUCUGGCCCUGUUUUUUCAACUCCUUUUGAAAACGAAGGAAAUUUAUUCAUCGAGAAACCUCCGCUAGCAGAGUUUCGCCCUUUGAAUGUUAAUGACAAAAGACCAGCUCUAAAAUGGUUGUGGUCUUCUUUUAAUAAUCCUGCUAGAAACGACGAUGCUAAAUUUUUCCACUGGAUACGCGAGGAUCAAAAGGAUAGAGAAUACCCGUUUGCUGCUCUUAACGUGAAGAUUAACAAUAUUCCCACAUUAACGGAAAAGGAAUAUGAUGAAGUUAUUGCACCAAACUGUCCUACUUGGACAAAAGAUGAAACAUUUCAAUUAUUAGAACUUUGUCGUGUCUACGAUUGCCGUUUUCAAGUAAUUCAUGAUCGCUUUGUUCAGUUGCCUGGACAAAAUGCUAAGCUUUUAGAUGAAAUGAAGGAACAUUACUACCGCAUUUGUACCAUUUUGAACGCCAAGGAAAACGAUCAGAACAUCGAAGAGGCUCUUCAUUUGGUUCCUUUCGAUGCCGCUCACGAAUUAGCACGCAAACGGCAGCUGAGCUUGUUAAUGUCCAGAACUACUGAAGAAGUAGAAGAAGAAAAAUGGGUUCACGAUGAACUUAUGAAGAUCCUUUUGGAUCGUAAAACAGCCUCAGCAAAGGAGGCUAAACGGAAAAAAGAAAUUAAAGUGGCUGCAGUUACUGAAACUCCAGAAAACACAAUAAUUGUACACGACGAUGUUAUUUUAAAAAGCGCUAAGCAUUUUGCUCGCGCAGGACCGAGCGUGAAAGGUAAAGGGCCGGGCAUCUACUUGUCCAGCGCUCUGCUAUUCGCGCGGUUGCUAGCCGUCCCGAGUCGACACGUGAAGUCUACGACCGACAUCUACGCUGAAUUAGAGGUGGAUCCCCUGCGGUUUAUGCCUUCGGAGGCCGUUGCUAGCGAACUCGAGAGUUUGAAAAAGGAGAUUAUAAGUUUGCUUGAAUUAAGACGACUUGCAGAAAGACAGGAGCAGGAGAUUAAAGUUGUCUUGAAACGGACGGGUCCUUUGAGAAUGUAGGCAAAUUCUUAAGUA